GGGCAAAACAACAGCUCUUAGUGCUUCCAUAUCUACGAUCAUUGGUCGUAGGUCGUGUAGUAGCAACGCAUAGCUGCCAGCCUCACGUCACGAAGCGAAACGUCACGAAGCGAAACGAACGCAUGCGGCUCAUGGCGCUCCUCCAAGCAGCCUAUGCUCUCCGAAGAAGCGCUGCUCUCCGGACGCGGCGCGUCGGCAUCCGUGCGGCGACGACGACGCUGCGCGCGACGCCCGACGAGUGGGCGCUCCCGCCGGGCUGGGCCGCAACUCUGAAAGAGGAAUGUGCGAGCGACCGGCACCGGCAGCUCCGAGCGUUUGUGGAGGCAGAAAGAGCAAAGCACGAGGUCUACCCGCCGCCCGGGGACACGCUCGCGGCGCUGCGCGCCGUCGAUUUGGGGGAUGUCGAGGUCGUCGUCGUCGGCCAGGACCCGUACCACGGGCCCGGCCAGGCGCACGGCCUGUGCUUUUCCGUAGCGGAUCUGUCGCGGUGCGUCUUCCCGCCGUCGCUGCGGAACGUCCUCCGCGAAGCGUCCCGAACAACGGAACAGUGGCCCGAGCACCCCGACCCCGCGAAGCGCGGCGACUUGAGUAGAUGGGCUUCUUCACAAGGUGUGCUCCUCCUCAACUCCGUGCUGACGGUGCGACGCGGCGCGGCCAACUCCCACGCCAAUCAAGGCUGGGAGGAGUUCACGGACGCCGUCGUGAAGGCCGUCGCGGAACGAGAGCGAGGUGUCGUGUUUGCGCUGUGGGGCAAUUCUGCGAAACGGAAAGUCUCCAAUAACUUGGGUGGGCAGCACCGCGUCGUUGCUACCUCGCACCCGUCUCCAUUAUCGGCGGCCAAGGGCCGCGACGCCUUCAUGGGCUCGGACUGCUUCUCGCGGAUCAAUACUCAUUUAACGGAGCUGGGCCGGCGGCCGGUGCGUGGACCAGCGUAAAAGAGACGGGAGAAGCUGCAGUGGCGGCCGCGCUUGACUUCCAACUUACCAUAUACUUUUGUAUAAGCGGCCCGGGCAAGUCAAUCGGCCGCACACUUUCUCCCACCGAAAGGAGAGACCGCCUUCGCUCGCCGACGCACGCGCGCAUGGUGGGAUCUCUCGUUUUCCCACCAUCGCACACACAGGUCGACUGGCGGCUUUACGUCGAGGGCGAGGAGGAGGCCGACGCCGCGGCGCUCCUCGCGGACGUGUUUGGCGGUGAUGCAGCGGAGGACGCCGACGAGGCCGCGGCGGCGCCGGCUUGCGGGUGGCCCCGCUUCGAGGCUUCGCUGCAGGCGCUCCGGGACGCGGCGGGGGAGGACGCGCCGGCGCCGGCGCGCGAUGAGGCGGAGCGGUUCGCGGCGCUCGUGCGCAUCCUCGUCUGUUGCCCGCGUGGAAUCACUUAGCGGUCCGCCGGCGUGACGUCGUCGAGCAGACGCAGUUACGGGGACAACGUCGCGUCGAUGGCGUACGCGGUCGAGGCAAUGGUCUCAACACAGGUCGCGCCGCGCACGCCGAGCGCAAUUGUGGACGCGGCGGUCGAAGCCUUAGGACCGACGACGGCGGCGGAGUUCGCGUCGCGCGCCGAGGACGACGUCGAGGCUACAUUGCGGGAGUGCCAGGUAGCGUUUCCCCUGCAGAAGGCCAAGUAUCUCGUGGGCGCGGCGGAGGGGUGCGCGGGCGACUUCGGCGGCGACGUUCCCAGGCGGCCGCGGGACAUGAGGAAACUGCCCGGGGUCGGCGAGAAGGGUGCCGCGCAGCUCUGCGUGAGCGCGUGGGACUGCGAUGAUGCGGGGAUUGUCGUGGGCACGAGUACGCACCGCGCGUGCAACGCGCUCGGCUGGGUUGAGACUUCAACACCAACGGAGACGAAGAAGGCCCUCGAGGCGUGGCUGCCGCGCGACCUCUGGCGCCAGCUUCCCGUACUGGUAGGGGCGCACGUCGCGGCGCCGGCGCCGGCCGUCUCCGACCCGCUCCUCGGCCGCGGCGUCGCCGUGUUCCUCCCGCCGGGCCACCGCGACCGCGACGCCGUCGUCGCCGCGUGCGCGGCGCUCGGAGGCGGCGGCGGCGCGCGCGAGUACCGCAUCCACCGGUCGAAGUUCGACGCCGACGCGCCCGAUGAAUUAAUAGCGAGCGCGCGCGUGGACUCGUACGGCGCCGUCGAGGCCGUCGUCGAGGACCUCCGUGCGCGGCGCAUUUCCUGCUACGCGCGGCGCGUCGUCGACGACGAUGUUGUUGUGUAG